AUGGCGGCGGAUCCUCUUCCGGAAUUGGUCACUGUGACCGUAUUCAUGGAGAGACUCCGCGUGAGCGCAGCUCGAACGGAGGUAUUCCGUGUACACCCGAUCUCUUUCGAGGAGGCGGUGGACGUGGCAUUGAAUGCCGAAUACAACUUCAGGUCGGCUCGACCUGGUUGGAGCGCUGGUAGCGCGAGCUCUUCGAGCGGCGGCUUCAAACUUGUUGAGAGUUCCCCGCAAUAUCGUGACGAUGUUCUGACGAUUGGUGAGAGUGCCGAAACCGCGCUGUUGACGUUCCUGAAACAGCACUACAUCGCAGCCCGUGGCGCGCAGAAUAUCCUGAAGUCCUUGCACAAACUUCACAAAGAUGGCAGUCUAAACCAGUACAUUCUCCGCUAUCAGCAACUCCAAGCUUCAGUCAAUGCUUCUGCAAUCGAGCGCCCACGUGUGCUGCCGCUCAGUUUGAAAUCCGCACCCAAACACACAGAACUCCGUCUUCAUGCCAUCGAUCAAGUCCACCAAGAACACCGUCAGCUCUUACAAGGAGUUCAAGUCGUGCUGCAUUGCUACAUCAAAAAAAAAUACAAGCUUCGAAUUAGCGAUGAGGCAAUCCGCCCUCUGCGACUUACCAUGAACACGACUGUAGCCUCCGCCGCCCUGCUGCCUGAAGCCAUCGACGUCAUUUGCGAUUCACUGACCGAGAGGAAUUCUCGCCGCACGUGCCUGAAGGACGUACGCGAGUGGCUGGUCGAGCCACCUCCUGCUGAGCCCGAAGACGCAGCUACAGAGGGCGAGCAGAAGCACUACGUCCGCAAGUUGCUAAAUUGGAAGCGCCAGAACCGAGAGACGUUCUACCUUGUUAAUUGGGAGCCAACGCGGGAGCCGCGUCAUCACCUCCAUGCCUCUGUUGUUGCUGCUUUCGAAACGGAGCGCCGCCUUCUUGUGCGCAAGAAGUUCUUCGAAGACGAAGCUGUGGAAGACGACACGCUCAACGAGACUGAAGCAUAA